GUUGGAUGGCAGUUAUUGGUCGCGACUCCUCAAGCAUAUUUUGAAGAAAUGAAUAUUUUAACAUUAUUUGGCCUUGUUUUUCUAAAGUUCAUCUUUGUGGAAUCCACUUUAUUAUUUGAAACCAACUCGGAAUUCGGUAUCUUUAUGGCCAUAUCAGUGCCACUUUCCUUGAAGAACCGCAAUGUGUUCCUUUCCUAUAACUAUGAAUUCAACUACUACCAGCCCGAGCACGUCUACAAGUAUCCUCCGAUAUUGAUGGGUGAUAACUGGGAGGAUAGUUAUUUGACGUAUAAUACCACCGGUGGUAGGAGCGGCAGCAGAUCCUUUCGUGCUGUGGAUGAUAAUAGUUUAACCAAGAAACGGACUUUACCGAUCAUGAGUCGGACGAAUUUUUACAUAAUGCUCAAGGAUAAAUUGGAAAGAUUAGGAUACCCUGCUGAGUCCUGCCUCCUGCGCUUGAUUUGCGAAACGAAUUCAUCAACACUUGGCCAAGUCAAUGGACUCUUGGGCAGCAUAGUGCAUAUCUUGUUCACACCUAGCAGCUCCAGUGACGAGAAUCUCGACAAAGCCUACUACCAAGCCGAAUGGGAUGGCCUUCGGUAUGGCGACUGCUCAUCUUAUGGAAGCCAAUGUGAAGAGAAUGUAUUGGAUUUGAUAUCAAGGCCAGUGCACGAUGUUCUUAAGGAAGCUCUGGAUAGAAGAAAUGGAAGAUAAUAAACUGGAUA